GUCUCACGCCAAUGAGGGUGUGGAAAGCUUCAAACAAAUGUUCCAUGAUGGAGGGAACACUGACGACGGGGCUGAGUCCUCGUAUUCCUCUCACAUCCACCGAAAGGCUGAUCAUUCGUUCUCAUUUAUGAUGAGAAAAGGAGGAAUAAGUCUUAAUAUUCGACCCCUGCCUUUCCAUACAUGUCUAUUAUAAAGCUGUUGACGGAAAGUCGGUUAUAAAAAGCGAUGCCAGUGAUUGCAGACGAGUCUCCGCAGACUGAGAAAGGCCAGUCCCACAGCAUCCACCCCAUAACACUCCCGGGCACCUUACAGGGCCGGAAGAGCCUCUUUCGUGUGCCUUUGUACCAAACAUCGGGCGCAGAAGAUGGUAACGGGAAGGUCUAUCAUGCCCGUCGAGCACAUCGGAAGUCACGCGCUGGAUGUGUGAAAUGCAAGCAACGAAGAGUUAAGGUACUCGCCACUUUUAUAUGAUCCUCCUUGUAUUCGGAGGAAUAUAGGGCUGAAGGAUCCCAGUGUGACGAAACUAAGCCCCAUUGUCUGCGAUGCCAAAAGCAUGGAGUUGACUGCAGUUAUGACGCUGGUCAAGUUAACUCUGCGCGCAGCAAGGGUGUUAUAUCUUACUUUAUCGACAAAGUCCCCGGUUUGACUGGGCAGGAAUCAGCGGCAUAUACAAUGUCGCUGCUUGCAGUCUCGUCCAAGAUAGACGAGCUGCUACAGAUGAAGUCUAGAAAUGGUCGUCUGUCUUCUAAUAUUCGAGCGUUACACCAUUUCCAUGAAGCCACGACCCCUACCGUCAGCUCCGAGCGUAGUCAGAACAUGAUGAGGGGUAAAAUGAUACAGCUGGCGUUCGAUUCACCGUUCCUCAUGCACGCCAUCAUCGGCGCAGCAACAUCCCAUCUCCGUCGCAUCUACCCCGAAGACAACACAUACACGAUGGUCGAGGCAUACCACUGGCAAAAGGCCAUCAAGCAGUACUCCGAGGAGAUCUCCACUGCCGUCGGCCCACACAACAUGGACCCCCUCUACUCGGCCUGUCUCCUAAUGACCAUCCACUCCUUCAGUCUUGAAGAAUACAACCCCCGCAGCUCCUUCGUCUUCUCCGACGACCCCGAAUCCCUAAACUGGCUGAUGCUCCAAAGCGGUCUGCGCCACCUCCUCCAGUUAACGGUCCCCUGGAUGACCCAAAGCAUGUGGUGGGAUGUCUUCAGACGAUCUCGCGAGGGUAACCCCCUUUACGACGACCAUCGUCCCGGACGCGUCGACCUACAUCCGGAACUGGCCGACAUCUGCGGCAUAGACGAUACCACGACGGAGGAAACAAAUCCCUACCACUGGCCUCUGCGAAUGUUAACCCCAUUGCUCUCCCUCGAGCGAAGCAUGAAGACCUUCACCCACUAUACAAAUUACAUGGGCCGACUGCUACCGGAGUACUACGACCAGUUACUGAAGAAGGAUCCGCCUGCGUUGAUUAUUCUCAGCUGGUGGCUGGCCCUCAUAGUAGAUUUUGAUGUCUGGUGGAUGGACACGCGAGCCAAGUCCGAGUGCGUGGCAAUUUGCAUGUACCUGGAGGAGAGCGACGAUCCACGCAUUCUCAGUUUGCUGGAGUUUCCGGCGCAGGUUUGUGGGUAUUUACUCAAGCAUGUGCAGGAGCGGAUAGCGAGUCAAUAUGAUUUGGUGGUCUUAUAGUUCGCUUGUUAUGACUGAGCUGGUUGGUGUUUCACGCGCUGGUU